AUGGAUAAAGUCUUAAGAUUCGUUAUGAAGUCUGAUGAUGACAAAGAGAAAGUGGUGGAAAAUGUGGAAAAUGAGGAUGAUAACGAGCCACUAUCGGGAAUCAGUAAUGACUCUAAUUCACUACGAGGGGUUUCUUCGCUGAAAAGAAGGCGGGAGGAAAGCGAGCCAAUUCCACUGAGCAAAAAUGAAGAGCAGGAAACCUUACCAAGAUGGGUUGCAGGCGCGUCUCCUGCAAAAUUUGUUACACUCGAUGAACUUAUGGACAUGUCUUCUGCUAUGGAGAAUAUGGCUCUAGUGCACGAAAUAGCUGUAAAUCCAGAUUUUGCAAUUCCUGAAACUUCUAAUAACCCACUUGAAAGAGCAGUCAAGGACUGUGUUCAUAAAAUAUACUGGGAAAAAAUGGCUGAAGAUUUGGCAAAGGAUCCACCGGACUACAGUAAGGCAUUCUCGACACUGCUGGACGUGAAACAACUGAGCGUAUUCGAAUUUCAGAUGAUAAUGGACCUACUGACUCCUCAACACGUACGUUUGAAAAUGGAAAUUGACUCGCGUCUUGACGAACAGAUCUUGCGACAGCAAGUGGAUAAAGACUGCCUGGACUGGCCCCGCUUGUCAGAAUAUAUAAUUGAUCUCUUAGCACGUCUCUGCGCACCGGUGCGAGAUGAAAUGGUAUCUAAACUCAGGGAGAAGACAGAUAUUGUGGAUAUUUUGAGAGGUGUUUGUGAGCUUCUGGAAGUAAUGAAAGUUGACAUGGCCAACUUUGAAGUUAGACAGAGCAGGCCGAUCAUUGAAGAGCACUCUGCUGUUUACGAAAGGAAUCAGUUUUUCAAAAUCCUUAAAAGCGAUCCAGAUUUGGAACUGCCGGUACUGAAUUGGCUUAAACGUCAUGUAAGCGAUAUCGCGAAAUCCACUUCUGCAGCUGAUUUGUCUGGGCCAGUCAUUAAACGAAGGUUUGAGAUUGAUCGGGCCAGAUUUGAGCAACUCGGUGCGAAAUACCUACAACUCAUCGUGUGUACUGCAUGCGUCCUCGUCACAUGUAUUUCAGCUGGCCAGGAUGUUAUAGAUAUUCCUCAGUUUAAGCAGGAUCUAAAAGACGAAUUGAUCGCUAUUACCGAAGAUAUCAGUGUAAAAAACCUCAAAGAUCGAUUGGAGGCCAUGUACGUCCAUUGUAAUGCAAAACUAAAGAAAAUAUAUGAAGCUAAAGAAUCACUUGUUUGGACAGCUGGGAGUUCUGACGGUUUAAGGCUGCAGAUAAUGUCACUUGAAGAUGAAAAACAACCUGUUCGUAGCCUUAUGAGAGAAAGGAUACGUGGCUUUAUGCUAUCAAUGUUGAAGUGUAGUGGGCAGUCAAGUAAACAAAAAUUACCAGCUGGCGUUUCGGUGGUUAAAACUGAGUUGAACAUGAUUACGGCCGCCUUUGUUCGUCUGGCUUCUCACAACAGAAAGACUUUUGGGGUUUAUUAUGGCGAUCUCAUCAAAAAACUAAUGUCUGUAUAA